AUGAAUAAUAGCUAUGCUAUUGAAGUAUACCAAGGAGUUAAACAUGAAGUUACUCACAAGGAUACGAUUAUUCCAAAAUUAAGGAAUGGCUGCCAUAGGCGCCGGGCUGCCAGUGGCGCCAACUGUCCCGCUGCAGAAAUUCGUAAAGAGAAACAGAAUAGACAUGAAGUCCUGCUCGAAGAAUUAACUAUGGCAGUUAAAACGGGGACGAUGAAACAAGUCAAGAAGGCAACUGAAAGACUUGCGAAAGAGUUUGGUAAUCUAAACCCAAAAUCGAAAAGCAAUGACCGAGAGCAGGCGACUCCGAAGUCAAUGCAGAACAAACGAUCAUCCCUAGAAAAAGGGAAAAGAGGAAUGGAGGAAAAGAAGUCAACUAAUCUAAACUCUGAAAAAGAAACCUCAGAUGAAUCAGAGGAUGACAAAAAGAAAAAGAGAAAGAAAAGAAGAUGA